AUGAAUAUUGCUAUUAAUGAAGUAUGGGUAGAUGGAUGUUUUGAUAUGAUGCAUUAUGGGCAUGCAAAUGCUUUGCGUCAGGCAAAAGCAAUGGGAGAUUAUUUGGUGGUUGGAGUUCAUUCUGAUAUGGAAAUUGAAGCACAUAAAGGACCAACUGUCAUGAAAGAAGAAGAAAGAUAUGCAGCAGUAGAAGCAUGUAAAUGGGUUGAUCUUGUAGUUCCAAAUGCACCAUAUUUCACAAGUUUAGAAAUGUUAGACCAGUUUAAUUGUGAUUUUUGUGUGCACGGAGAUGACAUCACCACGCUUGCAGAUGGAACAGAUUGUUAUAAAGAAGUGAAAGAGGCAGGUAGGUAUAGAGAGUGUAAACGAACACAAGGUGUCUCUACAACAGAAUUAGUAGGUCGUAUGUUGUUGAUGACCCGAGAUCAUCAUAAACGACAAUCAACAAGCAUUGCAUCAGUCAAUAACGAGGAUUUGAAUACAUUUAUUACUGACCCAUCUCAUAAUAAAAAAAUGGAAACAAGAAUCUCUCAUUUUUUACCAACAUCUAGAAGGAUUGUACAAUUUUCGGAAGGAAGGGAGCCAAAUGUUGGCGAUAAAGUUGUUUAUGUCGAUGAACAUAUUGUUAGACCAAUAACUGCUGGAGAAUUAAAAAGUAUUACUAAGAAAAUUAUCGUCAAUAACGACCUUGACUACUCUACUUCUCUAGUGACAGAUGAAGUAGAUUCAAUGGGCUUAAAUCUAGAGAGAGGAGCUCAUUCAAAAACCACCCCAAGGCCUUGA